CAAGAACCUGCGUAAAUUCAGUGUUGUGCUGGAACCAGCUCACACAGCAAGAGCUGAUUGUUAAAUAUUUAGGAAUUUUGCAAUUCCUGAUUCUUAAACUGUUGGUAGCUUGAAAUAGGCCAUGGUGGGUAUAUUUAAAUGAAUUGCUGGCUUACCAGCACACCACUUCUUAAGAACCAUGGAGCAUAGUCCUUGAGAAGAGCAGGCAUUCAACAGUUUUUCAAAUGAUACAGGACAAGUUAUAAGAAACAAGUAUGUGUCCAUGUGGAGGUCAAAGCAAUCCAGUCAAAGUUGAAGAUGUGUACAUUGAGAACACUUAUUUUGAAGGGGUGACUUAAAAUCAAAAGAUACCUUGAAGUGAAAAAGCCUUCAGUCCUUAUCUAGGAUGUCCAAGUCACCCAAGAGAUUCUCUGGGGGAAUAAAAUGCUACCUGCAUUCUGGAAAUACUGAUAUCACACUGUCAGAGGAAAUCAACAUGUUCAGGUGGUGAGUUGGAGGACUGGGCAGGCAUAUUUUUGGAAGCAGGGGUUAGGGAACUGACUGGCUCUACCUCUGUGUUGAGAGAGAAAAUAAGAGAGGUUGCUAUAUUUUAAACAAAGAGCAAAAUGUUUUGUGUUAAUCUUAAAUUUAUUGUAUUUUGUUAGCAUGAAGCUGAUUUUUUUCUCAGCAAAUGUUUGCCUCAUGCCAUUGAAGAUCCCACUCUGAGAGAGCUUGUAAUCUAGCAGAAGAAGUGGCACCUGCAGAGGUCUGGAAUAUGAGGUUCUUCAGUUCCUGUUUGUGCCUCCGCCGCCACUUCAGAACACACGCAUUUGGUUUGCUCUGAGCCUGACCUUCUGUGCUAGCAGAAGUCUCCUCAGUUGGACUUGAGAACUGCAGUAGUGGGAGAGUUCAGUGCAUUGCUUCUCCUUGGCGCUCCUCAUCUUGGGUGAGGAAACUGAGGUUCAACAAGGUCAACUGACUUCUCUGCAUAAGUGGAACCUAGGGUAGGUCCUUCUUGAACAGUUUGAUCCUGAUUUUCCGGAUGGAGGAUUUUAUUGAUUAGAAUACAGAUUGCAAAAUAGAGAGCAGCAUGUUUUACCCACUGAAACUCAUCCUGAUGCCACUGUUACUGGAUUAUUCCUUGGGCCUGAAUGACUUGAUUGUUUCCUCCCUUGAGCUAACAGUCCACGUGGGUGAUUCAGCCCUAAUGGGAUGUGUUUUCCAGAGCACGGAAGUGAAGCGUGUGACCAAAGUAGACUGGAUGUUCUCAUCAGGAGAGCACGCCAAGGAUGAUUAUGUACUAUAUUAUUAUGCCAACCUCAGUGUGCCCGUGGGGCGCUUCCAGAAUCGCGCAUACUUGGUAGGGGACAUCUUACGCAAUGAUGGUUCUCUCUUGCUUCGAAAUGUGGAAGAGACUGACCAGGGAAGCUAUACCUGUGAAAUUCGCCUUGAAAUGGAGAGCGUGGUGUUCAAAAAAGCAGUGGUGCUGCAUGUACUGCCAGAGGAGCCCAAAGAGCUCACGGUCUGUGUGGGUGAUUCUACUUAUAUGAGAUGUGUUUUCCAGAGCACAGAAGAGAAACACAUGACCAAGGUAGACUGGAUGUUCUCAUCAGGAGAGCACACCAAGGAGGAGACUGUGUUGCGCCAUUACCCCAAACUCAGUGUACCUGUGGGGUACCUCCAGAAUCGGGGCCGUUUCCAGAAUCGUGUAACCCUUGUUGGGGACACCGCCCGCAAUGAUGGCUCCAUCAUGCUCAAUGGAGUGAAGGAGUCUGAUGAAGGAAGUUAUACCUGCAGUAUCCACCUUGGGAACCUGACAUUCAAGAAAACUAUUGUGUUGCAUGUGAUUCAGAAACAGCCCCAAACACUGGUGACUCCAGCAGCUCACAGACCUGAGAUCCUGGGCGGUAAUCAUCUGGUGAUCAUUGUGGGGAUUGUUUGUGCCACUAUCUUGCUGCUUCCUGUUCUGAUAUUGAUUGUGAAGAGGACCAACAGGAAUAAGAGUUCAGUAACUUCCACAGCCCUGGUAAAAAGCCUGGAGGACACAAAGAAAGCUCACCCAGAGAAACAUGUUUACUCCUCAAUAACUACACGGGAGGUGAUUGAGGAAGAAGAAUCAAGUGAAAAGUCAGAGGCCACCUACAUGACCAUGCACCCAGUUUGGCCAUCUCUGAGGUCAACACCAAAUAACCAACUUGAAAAAAAGUCAACUGGGGGAAUGUGAAAAACAGAGCAAGCCUUUUGAGAAGAAAAGCGAGUUCCCUUCAUUCUUAGCAGUGGCAGAGACUCUCCUCUGUAUGUUCUGAGUCUCCGUACCAGUUAUUAUAGCCCCCUCCUCCCCAGUUGUCCUCCUGCUUCACUGGUUGGCCAAAGGGCUGAAGAGAGAGUUCAGAGGCUGGCAGAAUGAUGGGGCAGCUCUGGAGGAACAGGCCCUGAUAAGGAAGAGCUUGGACUUGGUCCCUCUGAAGUGGGACACUGGCCCUGGGGAGCCUGGCUGAGCUGCUGCAGCGGCCUCGAGCACUCCAUCGGAUCGGACCCUCUGCUUGGAUGGCAUUCUUUAUAGCUGAGUACUGGGAAGAAUGCAGAAAUAAAAACCAACUCAAAUGAUUCCUUUGGCAAAUUAUCCCUAAAUAAAUGUGGU